AUGACUCCACCGUUUCCUUCUCCUGUACCCUCCACAGUCUCUUCCGCCGCAACUUCACAGAUUUCUAGCGACCAUGGAGAACGACAGGUAACACAGGCUUUGGCGGGCAUGAAUUUGUCUGCCGUGAAUGGGGACGCGGCGCACGCCGCGAUUCCCCAUUCAGUGAAACCUCCCAAGCAGACCAUGGCGAAUCGCAUAUCUCGCAUGUUUGCUGGUAACACCGGAAGAUCUACACCGAGAGAACAAGACUCGUCGCGCGAGCUAUCAGAUAGCAGUUCUGAUGGCGGAAAGUCCGCUGCCAACGGCACUGGCAAGCAGUCCAGGCCAUCAUCAAGACCUUCAUCGAAACCCCCAUCUAGAGCCCCCUCACGACAAACUUCCACGAAAGACGCGAGUGAAAAGAAGACAAAAACCACCGGUGGCAAAGAGCCAAAGGAAGGAUCGAUCGUACAGAAGCGCUUCGAAUCCCUCCCCGAUAACUCCCACUGUCACAACUUGAAGAGCACUCGACGACAGGAGAAGUUGACCGAUCUUCUUCGCGAUAUGCUCGGUGGUCGGAAGAAGGACGACCAUGCCGAAGACCAGCAAUUAUCUCUGAUGUCAACCUGGAUUGACCAAUUCAAGAGCGAGCGGGACAAGUUGGCUGCCGACAAGAAGGGCGGCCCUAACGCCACCGCGUCGCUUGUCGAUAAGUACGGUAAAUGCCAGGAGAUCGUCGGACGCGGUGCAUUCGGCAUUGUCAGAAUAUCUCACAAGGUAGAUCCAAAGGACUCGAAAAGCGAACAGCUAUAUGCCGUGAAAGAAUUUCGCCGCCGUCCACAAGAAACAAGCAAGAAGUAUCAAAAACGUCUGACUUCGGAGUUCUGUAUAUCCUCGUCUCUUCGACACCCUAAUAUCAUCCACACUCUCGACCUUCUACAGGAUGCCAAGGGCGACUACUGCGAAGUUAUGGAAUACUGUGCUGGCGGUGAUCUCUAUACUCUUGUGCUGGCUGCAGGAAAACUAGAGGUCGCCGAAGCUGAUUGUCUAUUCAAACAACUUAUGCGUGGCGUUGAGUACAUGCACGAGAUGGGCGUCGCUCACCGUGACCUCAAGCCCGAGAACCUUCUGUUGACUACUCACGGCGCCCUUAAGAUAACAGAUUUUGGAAAUGGUGAGUGCUUCCGUAUGGCAUGGGAAAAAGAAGCACAUAUGACGGCCGGGCUCUGUGGCUCUGCGCCUUAUAUUGCGCCCGAAGAGUAUGUCGAAAGAGAGUUCGACCCCAGAGCUGUUGACAUCUGGGCUUGUGGCGUCAUCUACAUGGCUAUGAGGACAGGGCGGCACCUAUGGAAGCUAGCUCGCAAGGACGAGGAUGACUUCUAUAAACGGUACUUGGAGGGUCGCAAGCAUGAGGAUGGUUAUGCACCCAUCGAGACGUUGCAUAGGGCACGCUGCCGCAACGUUGUUUACUCUAUUCUCGAUCCAAACCCGUCUCGUCGCAUCAACUCCUCCCAGAUCUUGAAAUCCGAAUGGGUUCGCGAGAUCAGGCUGUGCCAGGCCGGCGAGGAAGGCUUCUGA